GCAUGGACGUUCAUUCCUCUGAAAGUAUUUUUAAUUUUUUAUUCGCUUGUGCUCGUCUGAUAAUUCCUUUACGGGAGCAUGGGAUCACUAAACGAAUCCUAAUUAUUUUGUAUUUUCUCAUAACGAACGGUGCUUUAUUAUUGUGCAUAGGCAUUGAGUUUUAUGCAACCGAACGAAAAGAUAUAAUCAAACAUAUUUUGGAGUUCGUAGCCGUUUUCGUCGCCUUCUGGAAAUUCACCGACUUCCUUCUCAAAGUCGACAAGAUGACCACCUUAACCCAUUCAAUCCUUGAAUUGGAGAAGGAAAUCAACGACGCGGAAAUGGAAGGUUAUUUGAGUGAACGCAUUUCUUUCGGAAAGAACCUCUGCCGCGUAUUUAUGACUCUGAAAUUUUGGACUUGGAUUGGAGCGCUUAUAUCCGUCCUUCUAACGAAGCAGCUGGCGUUCCCGAUGUGGUUUCCCCUAGACUGGGAAGGGUCUACAUUGAACUAUUACAUCGUAGUUUCCUUCCAAUUCGUUUCAUACGCUGGACUGGUUUUCCAAGACACUAUCAGCGAUCUAACGCGGUUGAUGUAUGUUUUGAUCAUGUCGGGCCACUUACAUGCGCUGGGGAUCAAAGUAUCGCGAAUUGGCUACACUGAUCCGUAUAAUUGGCACAACAAUAACGUAGAAUUGAAUAAAUGCAUUCAGCGGCACCAAAUUAUCAUAAGAAUUGUCGACGAAUUGAACGCAAUCAUAUCCAAAACUUAUCUGGUCGUGCUAAUCGUGGUUGAAAUCAACAUUUGCGGUAGUUUCUACCAAGUCCUGUUUUUGGGAGAGGAGGCUUACAUGAAGGCAUGUUUAAUUGCUUACGCAGUGUCCUUGAGUAUUUCCACUGGUCUUCAGUGCUUUUUCGGGAGUGAAAUCCAGGAUAAGAGUGAGCGUUUCAUGGAGGCAAUUUACUGCUGCAAUUGGCCCGAUCAAGACCAAAAAUUCAAAAAGUCUCUACUCAUCUUGAUGACGCGAUCGCGAAAGGAUAUACUGAUAAUGGCAGGUGGAGUUAUGCCCGUAUCACUACCGACUUGCUUGGUUGUCUUUAAAUCAUCAUACUCGCUGUUUGCUCUAUUGCAGCAAAUGAACCGCUGAAGCCGGUAAGACGCCUUCAAUUUGAGCUUGUGUUUUAAUAUAGGUUGAAAACAUAUGAACCUCCUGGAGGAGUAUACAAUUACCAUAUAAAAAAUUGAAAUAUUUGGUAGUGUACCCUGCACAGUUUUCGGAUACUUUUAAACAAAACGACAUCGUUUUUAGUCUCUAAGAUGAAGUUCAUCAUAGUUAGAACGAAUUUAUACACGUUGUUACUUAAGUACAGUUUUAA